AUGGUGGCCAUGCAUCUGUCGGCUGCCACACGAUCGACGGCGGCGCUGACAGGCGAGGUAGCUGCGGAGCGCGCUCGCACGGCUGCCGCUGAGGAGCGCGCAGCAGCGGCACAGGCGGAGGCGGAGGCGCGGCGAGAGUGGGGCCUGCAGGAGGCGGAGCUGAAGCAGGCGAUGUCGGUCCUCAGUGAGGAGAACUCGCAGCUGGAGGCCAAGCUCGCGCGCGAGCAGGAGAAGCUGUCCAAGGCGAGGGAGGCGAAGAAGAAGGCCGAGGCCGAGGCUGGAGAGAUCAAGGAGGGCUGGCGGGCAGAGGCGGAAACGGUCGCAGAGGUGACGGCAGAGCUCGAGGCGAGUCGUGCGGCGGCGAGCGAGGCGCAAGCGGCGGCCGAGGCGGCGCAGCAAUCGCUCGCCGCUGCCAGCGCCGAGGCUGCGGCGGGCAAGGCUGAGGUGGAGCGGCUGGCGGGUGAGCUUGCGGCGGCGACGGCCGGUGCUGCCGCUGCGCGUGAGGGCGCAUCGAUGGCGACGGCUGAAGCCGCCGCUGCGCGUGAGGGUGCAUCGGCGGCUGCCGCCGCAGAGGCGCAUGCGGCGGCCGAGGCGGCGCAGCAAUCGCUCGCCGCUGCCAGCGCCGAGGCUGCGGCGGGCAAGGCUGAGGUGGAGCGGCUGGCGGGUGAGCUUGCGGCGGCGACGGCCGGUGCUGCCGCUGCGCGUGAGGGCGCAUCGAUGGCGACGGCUGAAGCCGCCGCUGCGCGUGAGGAGCUCGAGGCGAGUCGUGCGGCGGCGAGCGAGGCGCAUGCGGCGGCCGAGGCGGCGCAGCAAUCGCUCGCCGCUGCCAGCGCCGAGGCUGCGGCGGGCAAGGCUGAGGUGGAGCGGCUGGCGGGGCGCAUCGACGGCGACGGCUGA